GUCGAUGGACCUGAGCACCUCUAACGCCGGACUGCCACCGUCCAACAAGCGGAGAGGUGGUUUUUCUCCGACGACUAUUCAAGCCCUAAAUGAUGAUAUUAUCCAUACCGUUUUCUCGUCCCUUGAUUUCGUCCAUAUAAUUCGCUGCACCGCCGUCUGCAAGUCCUGGAGCAAUGCAAUUAAUAAAUCAAAGUUACUCCAAACUUUGUACCACAAGCAAAGAGGGAUUUUUGGUGCUGAUUUUGAAGUAUCUACUUCUUCAGAAGGAAUAUGGAAAAGACAACUUGAGGACUUAGCUAUUAGUCAGCAUCGGUCUUGUUUACAUGCAGGUUCCGUUGACAUUUAUCAAUGGAAAGGUCAUUCUGAUGGGAUUGACAAGUGCAAAAUGAAGAUGGGACUAGUCCUCACUGGUGGAAGCAGCAAGGUGAUGCGUCUGUGGUCUGUAGAAAGCUACAGAUGUUUGGCUGAGUAUCACCUUCCACAUACGGGAUCUCUGAUCGACUUCAAUUUUGACGAGAGCAAGGUUGUUGGAUUAGUAGGAAGUCACAUAUGUCUAUGGAGGCGCAAUGAGAGGAAAAAUAUAUUUUCCUCACAAGGUUGUCAAUUUCCUAGAGGUGCUUGCAUGUGCUAUGUAGAUCCAGAGGCUGUUGUUGGAUGCGAGGAUGGCAGAGCUCGUGUAUUUGACAUGUAUGGCAGGAAAUGGUCUAGAAUCAUAAAGAUGCAUGAUGGACCUAUUACAUGCUUAUCUUUCAGUGACGACCAGAUGCUUAUUGGUGGUUCCUCUUUUGGCCGUAUAUCUAUAUCAGAUCUUUCAUCUGAUCAGCAAGUAGCAAGACUUAAGACCAAUGAUUCUGCAGAUUUGAGCACUUUGUGUUACAACUCACGUUCACAUAUAUUAUUCACUGGGUCAAGAGCUGGGCGGGCAUCUUCUUGGGACCUAAGGAUGAUGAGACGAUUAUGGGAGGUGCGAGUAAGUCCAAAUCUCCUAUGUUCAAUACAACACAUGCGGGAUGACAUCUCAAUAUUAGCCAUGGGAGGACUAGAUGGUGUGCUGCGCCUUGUGGACCAGCAAAAUGGCAAUAUCUUGUCAGGUUGCAUAAUGGAUGAAAGUAGCAGAAAAUUGUAUCGUUCACAAAGUCCUCAUUUAACUGUUACAAGGAAAAAAGGCAUACGAGUUUCGGAAGAUGCACGUAUCGAUUUGAUGCCAAGAACUUCGAGACCGUCCAUCAAUUGCUUAGCUGUGGGGAUGCAGAAGGUUGUCACCGUGCAUGCUGAUGGGGUAACUAAACAUUUACUGCACUUACCCGGUCAAAGAUGAUGGUAUUUAUCAACAGCCUUACGGUAUCAUUUUACUGACCAAGAAUCUUACCUGGUAACUGAGGGUGAUGAUGUUACUGGGUCAGCAUUUAUUGACCUGGUCAUCUUCUUGAUGGUGUUCACCAACAAUUUUAUCUGGUAAGGUGAGGGUGAUGACUCAUACCCGGUAAGCCCUUACCCAACAAGGGUUGGUAAAUUGCCCUUAAGCAGCAAUAUUACUUGUGUUUUAAUUUAUUUCCACCUCUAUAUGUAUGUGUAUUAUGUAUACAUGUAUAUGGUAUAUCAUGUAAGAUUGACAUGAACCAUGUAUGUAUAGUUGUAGAUGAGCCAUACAUGUGGAAAGUGAGCGUUUGGUAUUCAUGUUUAAACUUCAUGCAUUGAUGAGUUAUACAGUUCCUACUAAACUCGGCCUCUUACAAUGAAAAUAUUAUAUAAAUGGUCUCCUUU